AUGGCGAGGCGACGAUUAUCAUGCUACGACGAUUACUACGACUACGAGGAGGUACCUGAUUCAUUUUCUGGUGAAGAGUCAGAACUUGAAUCAAGCUUGUCAUUUGCGGCUGAGUCAAAAAACGAAGCAAAGUUAGACUUGUCCGGCGACAGUGCGGCGGACUCCAGCUUUGCUUCGAUAGCCGAUGUCGCGGUGGUCGAGGAUUUUCCGGACAGAGACGCUCUGGACGUCCUGCCCGGUUCAGUCGACUGUCUAGAUUUAAGAGGGGUUUUUGAAGUUUCUGAACUAUUUACGGAAUGA